AUGAAGACCUCCACUCUUUUCUCCGGCUUGUCCCUGGCUGCACUGGGAACAUCCACCAACGUCUUGUUGCCAUUGUACAUUUACCCAACUGCCGAUGCGUUCGACCCCGUCUACAGUGCCAUUUCAUCAAACCCUAAUGUCACCUACUACGUCGUUCUCGAUCCCGACUCUGGUCCAGGUGGAAGCCAAUACCCGAAUAGCGACUACAUCUCCGCUGUCGCCAAGUUGAACUCCUACUCCAACGUGCAGGCGAUAGGGUACGUGCACACAUCAUACAUGGCCGAGACGACCGACGCCGUCAAUGCCAAUGUUACCACCUACGCUGGCUGGUCCAAGUAUACCGACAGCGACAUAUCCGUCAAGGGCAUUUUCUUCGACGAAGCCACCAACGAGGAAAGCCAGACUGCGUAUGAUUACAUGUCGACCGUCGCAUCCAACGCCCGCGACCAGGGCCUAAACUACGUUAUUUUUAACCCUGGCACGGCUGUUACCGCUUCACAGUUCUUUGAUGCAGCCGACCUUAUCGUCAUCUCAGAGGUCGCCUACUCGACAUACACGGAAUCUACAGUCCACUCAGUGCCUCAGCAAUACUGGAACCAAAGCGCCAUUAUUCUUCACGACACACCUUCAGGAACCGACUUGACAUCUGUGACCAGCGGGCUGGAGAGUGAUGGGCUCGGCGCAUUUUAUGCCACUGGGGACUGCUGCUACCAGAGCGUUUCGAUGCUAGGAGAUCUCUCGUCCGCGAUGGCUGCGUAG